GAUCUUUUAUAAUUGUUUUGUUUAUCAUCAUCCUCAGUAAACACUUUCCAUAAGCAAUCAACCAAGACAAAAAUGGCAGACAACACCCAGAAGAUGAGCUACAACGCCGGCGUGGCCAAGGGCCAAACUCAGGAAAAGUCCAGCGGCAUGAUGGGCAAGGCCAACAACGCUGCUCAAUCAGCAAAAAAAUCAGUGCUAGGGGCCGGUGAGCAGGUGAAGGUGCAGGCACUGGGGGCUGUCAAUGCUGUCAAGAAGGCAACUGGCAUGAAGAAAUGAAGCAGAAGCUUAGGGUUGAAUAAUUUAGAAGCCUGAAUGUAUAGAUAAAGAUAAAUUCAUUUAGAUGGACUUUGGUUUUAUAAUUAUAAUUAAGAAUUUUAUAAUUCUCUCCAGGUUUUUAGUCAGUGGGUUGCUUUGAGAGAGAUUAUCUACUUUUCUUUGCUAUUUCUUUAAUGCAAUUCUCUACUAGUUUAA